GGAAGUCGUAUAAAGCAUUAACUUAUGUGGAAGCUAUUGAAAAAGGGUCUUCCCACCUUGGUAAGGAAGUCGUAUAGAGAAUUAACUUACGUGGAAGGUAUUGAAAAAGGGUCUUCCGAAUGAGUAGUACAUUCUCUAAUUCUCUUCGUUGAUUUUCUGGGUUUAGACUUAUUUUCCCCUCUCAAAACAAUGAGAACAAAAAGCGUCAGCGUUGGCCGCCGGCGUAGCAUUACGCCUUCCGUGACUCCCUCCGCCUCUCCCAUUCCUCUCCUCUCCACCGCCCAGGACAACCACAACGCGACCGUCUACGACAGCGACAGCACCGGCAAUCACACACAUGCCGCAGCACUUCCCAAUUUCGUUCCCGAUUCCGAACCACCAGAUUCCCUAGACGAUAACAGUUGCAUUACCUGCAACCGAGCCGGAGGACCGUUGCUAGUAUGUACCCAAACCGAUUGCCCCGUUGUAGUCCACGUCACCUGCAUCGGUUCCGAACCUAAGUUUGAUGAUUCUGGAAACUUCUUCUGUCCGUAUUGCUCCUACAAGCGAGCGUUGAAGAGAACUAGAGAAUUAAGAGAAAAAGCCAUUCUAGCGAAGAAAGCUCUUUCGAGCUUUUUGGAAAAAGGCCAAACAGUGCGUAAGGAUGAUGAUGAAGAAGAAGAACACAUUGCUGAACCAGAACCGGUUCAACCAGUUCGGGAUGAACCAAACAGUAAUGAACCAGAACCGGUUCAGGGUGAACCAAACCGGAAUGAACCAGAACCGGUUCAACCGGUUCAAGAUGAACCGGAUGUUUCUGAUUCUGAGGAAAGAAGAGAACUAAAUUGUAAUGAAAAUGAUAAAGUUGAAGAUAAAGGAAAGGUUUCUGUUUCAGGUAGUUCAGUCAGUGAAGCUAAAAAUUCCGACUCGAAUUCUGUCUCGGUGAAGAAAGGUCAGGCCAAUGCCAAUGCCAAAGGCAAACGCAAGGUUGCUUAUGUGAAAAAAUCAUUGCUACCGGAACGAAAAACUGGUGGUGCUGGUGGUGGUAGUGGCGAUGGUGAUGGCGUGGAUGAGGAGGAAGUUACCAGCUCUAGAACUUUUAGUGUGCAAAGGCAAGUGUCGAAGCAGAAUUUGAUAACUGGAAAACGUAGGAGAUUGCUUUGGACCGAUGAAGAAGAAAAAGCUCUCAAGGAAGGAGUGUUGAAGUAUUCAACUGAAAAGCAGAAUAUCCCUUGGAGGAAAAUUUUAGAAUUUGGCUGUCGUGUGUUUGAUAAGACUCGGACUCCUGUUGAUCUCAAGGAUAAAUGGAAGAACAUUAUCUCCAAAGAAGGAUACAAGUAGAACUUUGCGGAACCUGAGUAUCUUACCAUUAACAGCUAACGGGGUUUGAUUACAUAUGGCAGAAGGUGGAGGAAGCAUAUGAGUUGCUUUAGAAAAUUGAUGUCAUAUCCAUGUUUUGAAUUGAGUUCUACGUAUAUAAUUUCAUGCCUCCAAUAAAACUUGAGGUUAUUAUAAUUUACCUUUGCUAGGGUUCUUCAAAAUAUAUAUCUAAUGUACGAAGAAUGGUAAAAAUGGGGUAUUCUAGGAACUAAAAAUUCUCGUUAAGAAAAUUGAAUCACCAACUACUAUUUGUUUAAUUUUUUUUAUUAGUAAAUUAGAAAUCAUAUAUUAAAAAAAAAAGACUUACAACAAAAAUAAAAGAAACAAAGAGCAUCGAAAGUAUCAAG